ACCGUAUGUCUGCGUGACGAUGUGUGAAGAUGGCGGUGUGAUGUUUAUGUAGUUGCUGCCAUCCAAAUUUGGUGCCGUGCUUAUUUUGUCGAAACUCUUAGUUCUAUAUCACCUGAUAAUUAAGGACAAUAAUCUUCCGUAGAAGAUACAAGUUUACUUACAGUUCGUUGGUAGGAUUCAAACCAGUUGAAGACACUGCCAGAGAGUCCCACCCACUGACUAAGAGUGUCCCCUGUCAUUACAACAUUACAAUGAUGGCAGAAUCUCAGGCUGCUGUCCCAGAGGGGUCUGUGGGAUUGGAGGAGCCAAAAAAGAUGACCAGAGAAGACUGGCGGAAAAAGAAAGAGUUGGAAGAACAGAGGAAACUGGGUAAUGCCCCGGCUGAGGUGGACGAAGAGGGCAAAGAUAUCAAUCCUCACAUUCCACAGUAUAUAUCUUCUGUACCAUGGUAUAUUGACCCUUCCAAAAGACCAACUCUGAAGCACCAGAGACCCCAAGAAGAGAAGGAAAAACAAUUCUCGGCUAUUGGCGAAUGGUAUAAAAGAGGAGUGCAGGAGAAUUCUGUUGCCACUAAAUAUCGUAAAGGAGCAUGUGAGAAUUGUGGAUCAAUGACACACAAGAAAAAAGAUUGCUUAGAGAGACCGAGGAAAGUGGGUGCAAAGUACACAGGAACGAACAUAGCACCAGAUGAGCACGCGCAAAUCCAGUUAGACUUGGAUUAUGAUGGAAAGAGGGAUCGGUGGAAUGGGUAUGAUCCUGAAGAACACAUGAGAAUUGUUGAAGAGUAUGCCAAGGUUGAUUUGGCUAAGCGUACCUUAAAGGCACAAAGGCUGCAAGAGGAAUUAGCAUCUGGAAAAUUAAUGGACCAAGCUACCUCAAGGAAUCAUUGGGGAGACGACGAACAGAAUCCAUUGUUGGAAAGGGAUCACAACAGUGAAGGAGAAGAUGAAGACAAAUAUGCUGAUGACAUUGACAUGCCUGGCCAAAAUUUUGACUCCAAAAGAAGAAUUACGGUUAGAAACCUUCGAAUAAGAGAAGACACUGCAAAGUAUUUAAGAAAUUUGGAUCCAAACUCUGCCUACUAUGACCCUAAGACAAGAGCCAUGAGAGAAAACCCAUAUUCUAAUACUGGCAAGAAUCCAGAAGAAGUUGGCUAUGCUGGGGACAACUUUGUGCGAUACUCAGGAGCUACUAUUACAAUGGCACAGACACAGCUUUUUGCUUGGGAGGCUUAUGAGAAAGGCUCAGAUGUCCAUUUGCAAGCUGACCCCACAAAGUUGGAACUCUUACACAAGUCAUUCAAAGUGAAGAAGGAGGAUUUCAAAAUGAUGCAGAAGGAGAGCAUCCUUGAGAAGUAUGGAGGGCAGGAACACCUGAAUGUGCCUUCGAAAGAACUGCUGCUGGCACAGACCGAAGAGUAUGUGGAGUACUCAAGACAUGGCGCCGUCAUCAAAGGACAAGAGAAGGCAGUUGUGCAGUCCAAGUAUGAAGAGGAUGUACUUGUGAACAACCACACAUGCAUUUGGGGCUCUUAUUGGAAAGAUGGUCGAUGGGGCUACAAGUGCUGUCACUCUUUUAUUAAGAUGUCUUACUGUACAGGAGAAGCUGGAAGACAAGAUACGGAUGAUACCCUGUGCAUAGACAACAUUCAGGUGGAGCCCCAAAAUUUUGAAGAGCCCAAAUCUUUAAUGGAGAUACAUCAGGAGAAACUGAAGGAAAAGAAAAAGAAAAAGAAGCAAAAGAGCUGUGACUCGGACAGUGACAAUGAAGAAGCAAAAAACAGAGAGAAACUAAGAAAGGCCUUGAAUGCUGAAGACGCACGUUUGAAACAAGUAGAGGACCUGAUGCAGGUGGACGAAAGAAAGCGGCCUUACAACAGUCUGUAUGAAGUGCGGGAGCCUACAGAGGAAGAAAUGGAGGCGUUCCGCAUGAAACGCCAGCGGCCGGAUGAUCCCAUGGCGUCAUUUCUUGGUCAGUGAGGGAGAGACAUAAAAAAGUAACAUUUCAAAAUCAGACUUGUUUGAGGCACGAGGGACUAAACAGUCAAAGUCAGAAGGACAGACAAGUUUUUUGGUGGGUUUUGAACUGACUUGAGUAGGCUGGGACUUCUUUCUUUUUUAAACCUCUCAUUAAGGUAUAAAUUGCUGUAAAUACGGUGGACGUUGUCCUUUAAGCAGUUACUUUCUCAACUUAUUUUCUUUUUUGGUUGCACAUUCAGUAGUUACCACUCGUAUUCCAUUGCGCCACACUCUACAACUAAUCAGAGCCCAGAAGUGUGUUUGUGCUAAUCAAGACUUUAAUUUUUCCUUCUCCCCUCGUCUCUUGUAUUUGUUAUAAAUAGUUAAUUAAUGAUCUUGCGUACUCUUGUAUGUUAUGGAUUUAAGAAUGACCGUUGUGUCUGUUGUCAGAUCGGUUUGUUUCAAUUGAUCCAUUAUGUUUAGAAAGCUGGUGAGUUUGACACAAAUUUCAAAUGUUGGCCCUCCUCUCAGACCCCUGGCAGUUCCCCAUUGUGUCGUCAGGUGAAGCUGAUCAUGUGUGUGUUAAUCUGCGGAGUUCUGCUCGUCCAGCCCUGGAGUGACCGUCUGCUACAAUGGCCAGGACUGUCUCCGUAAUUUAUGUCCUCCAUAUUCAAGAGCACUACGUGCAAGUAGAACUCGUCUCACCAGGCAUCCAGCUUCUCCCAUUCUCGUUUUUUUAGUUUUAAAUUUGAAUUCCUCCAGUCCCUCAUCAGGCAGCAAUGGGACAGCCAGUGGGUCCUGUUAGCAGCCAGCUGUGGCACAUCCUCCCAUGUUACCCCACGAGUUCUGAGGUCUUCCUGUAUUGUGGCUCUCCAUGACUCCCUGCGUCGUUGAUGGCUUCCAGACAUGCGAGUCUGAAGAUGUGACCUACGACCCUUUGGCCUGUCCUGUAGCCUCUCUUGUCCAUAUCAGUUGAAUAUUCCAAUGUUUGUUCCGUGAUCUCUCCGGGUUACUUUAGGAACGAACACCUCUGCAUGGCGUGCUGAUUUCACUUGGCGUAGGUUGCUGCAGGAAAUCCAAUUGUUGAGGGCACCGCAGCUUCAUCUUUAUACGAAAGCGGAAGGUCUUGGAUUUCCAGAUGUUGUUCAUCCCUUGCGUUAAUGUCAUUGUCAUCCCAAUCUUGUACUAGGGUUAAAUACUUUGUUACAGUGCCAAUUAAAAGUAUUCACCCCUUG